CAUGUUUUUGACUCCGAAAAAUUAAAAAUGGUUUCGUUCUCUUCAAUGGGUUAAGUUAUAUAUAUAUAUAUAUAUAUAUAUCUAUAUAUAUAUUAUAUUUUUUAAAUUUGUUUUUUAAUCAUCCUCGUCUGCCUCAAGAUUUGCAGAAUUCGAAACCCGCCUUAUUUUUAAUUAAUUUGUUUAAUUUUUCAAAAAGUAAAUUUAAGCAUAACCAAAGAGCGCCACGAGCUUUUCUGAAACUCCUCUGCUGCAAGCAAACAGAGACCCAAAAACCCCAACAACACCCUUUUGAACGUGUUUGGUAUUAUUCAAUUCUUCAAUCGUAAUCCCUGUUUUCGUUACCAAAAAGCAAUCAGAACCCACCUCCUACUAUUCCUUUCUUCUAUCUCUUCGUUUUCCCCGUUUUCCAUUUAUAUAAAUUGUGGAUUUCGUUUGAAUUCUUUUUUUUUUUUUUUUUCAAGGGUGGUUAAGCUCAGUUAAAGCCUCUUUCAAUGGCCGAUGCUGAGCAGCCUGUUUAUCUCCAUGGUGACCUCGACCUCGAAAUCAUUGAAGCCCGGAGUUUGCCCAAUAUGGACCUUGUCUCCGAGCAUUUACGCCGUUGCUUCACUGCCUGUGACACUAUCAAAUUCCACGGUUCCUCGGACCACACUGAUGAUGAUCCCCACGGCGGAAAAAGAGGAGUAGACCACAAGAUUCACCACCACAGCCGGAGGAUCAUCACCAGCGACCCAUACGUCACCGUUUGCGUACCUCAAGCCACCGUCGCUCGCACGCGCGUCAUUAAGAAUGCCCAGAACCCUAAGUGGGAAGAGCACUUCAUAAUCCCAUUGGCGCACCCUGUAGCUGACCUCGAGUUCCAGGUCAAAGACGACGACUUCUUCGGCGCACAGUUGAUCGGCACCGCCAAAGUCUCUGCCAAGGAAAUCGCCUCCGGAGAGCCUAUUUCCAGGUGGGUUCCGAUUCUCGGGUCGUCCGGAAAUCCGCCCAAGUCCAACACCGCCAUUCGGAUCCAUAUGACAUUCACGCCCGUGGAUAAGAACCCGGCUUACAAGCACGGCAUCGCCGGCGAUCCCGAGCACAAGGGCGUGAGGAACACGUACUUGCCGUUGAGGAAGGGAAGCUCAGUGAGGUUGUAUCAAGAUGCUCAUGUGCCGGAUGGGAUGCUACCGAACAUUGAAUUGGAUGGGGGGAAGUUUUUUGGGCACGAGAAGUGUUGGGAAGAUAUCUGCUAUGCGAUUUCGGAGGCCCAUCACUUGAUUUACAUUGUGGGUUGGUCGGUUUUCCACAAGGUGAAGCUGGUCAGAGAGCCGACGAGGCCAUUGCCGAGAGGUGGGGAUUUGACUCUCGGUGAAUUGCUCAAGUAUAAGUCGGAAGAAGGUGUUCGGGUCUUGUUGUUGAUCUGGGACGAUAAGACUUCCCAUGACAAAUACUUUAUCAAUACGGAGGGCGUGAUGCAGACGCAUGAUGAAGAAACCCGGAAGUUUUUCAAGCAUUCGUCGGUAACUUGUGUACUGGCGCCUCGUUAUGCCAGCAGUAGGCUCAGCUAUUUCAAACAGCAGAUUGUUGGAACCAUCUUUACACAUCAUCAAAAAUGUGUUCUUGUGGACACACAAGCAUAUGGGAAUGACCGCAAGAUAACUGCAUUUCUAGGAGGUCUCGAUCUUUGUGAUGGUCGUUAUGACACGCCCGAGCAUCGGUUAUUUCGUGAUCUUAACACCGUAUAUCAAGAUGAUUUCCAUAAUCCUACAUUUUCUGCUGGAACCAAAGCUCCUAGGCAACCAUGGCAUGACUUGCAUAGUCGAAUUGAUGGGCCUGCUGCAUAUGAUGUUCUUUUAAACUUUGAGCAGCGUUGGAGGAAAGCAACAAAAUGGACAGAGUUUGGACUACGUUUUAAAAGGGUGUCUCACUGGCAUGAUGAUGCUUUGAUAAAAAUAGAACGUAUCUCGUGGAUACUAAGUCCUGCUCUUCCCAGUUCCAAAUCUGGUUCAAAGGAGGAUAGUGCCCAAUUUGUUACCAAGUACGGCACAGUUAUUCCUGAAGAUGAUAGGCGAUUAUGGGUGGCCGGGGAAGAUGACCCUGAAACUUGGCAUGUUCAGAUUUUGCGGUCCAUUGAUUCAGGAUCAGUAAGGGGAUUUCCCAGAAAUGUUGAUGCAGCUGCACACCAGAACCUUAUAUGUGCGAAGGAUCAGGUAAUAGAUAAAAGCAUUCAAACAGGAUACAUCCAGGCAAUCAGAUCUGCUCAGCAUUUCAUAUAUAUCGAAAAUCAGUACUUUCUUGGAUCAUCAUAUGCGUGGCCAGAUUACAAAAAUGCAGGAGUUGAUAAUCUUAUUCCAAUGGAAUUAGCAUUGAAGAUUGCUAGCAAAAUUAAAGCUAAUGAGAGAUUUGCAGUGUAUAUUGUCAUACCCAUGUGGCCUGAAGGUGAUCCAAAAUCUGCUACCGUGCAAGAAAUACUCUACUGGCAGGCCCAGACAAUGCAAAUGAUGUACAGUAUUGUUGCACAAGAACUGAAGUCUAAGCAGCUUUCAGGCCUGCAUCCUCAAGAUUACCUAAAUUUUUAUUGCCUUGGUAACAGGGAAGCAAUCUCUGACGAACUAUCAAGUGCUGCUAAUGGUACUGCGGUCUCUGAUGCACAAAAAUUUCAGAGAUUUAUGAUUUAUGUUCAUGCCAAGGGUAUGAUAAUAGAUGAUGAAUAUGUAAUGGUGGGAUCUGCCAAUAUCAACCAAAGAUCCAUGGCCGGUACAAAAGAUACUGAGAUAGCUAUGGGUGCAUAUCAACCCCAUCACACUUGGGCAGAAAAGAGAAGGCAUCCACGUGGGCAGGUAUAUGGAUAUAGAAUGUCACUUUGGGCAGAGCAUCUUGGGAUGUUAGAUGGAAGUUUCAAAGAACCCGAGAGUUUAGAAUGUGUGAAGAAGGUGAAUGGGAUUGCAGAAGAUAACUGGAGGAGAUUCACAUCUGAGGAAUUUACACUAUUGCAGGGCCACCUUCUGAAAUAUCCUCUGCAAGUUGAUGCUGAUGGUAAAGUAAGUCUACUACCUCAACAAGAGAAUUUCCCAGAUGUUGGUGGUAAAGUACUUGGUGUUCAUUCCGCAACGAUUCCCGAUCUCCUUACCACAUAAUCUCUCAAUACUUAAUGUUCAUACAUGAUCGGUAAAUAAACUGGUUGUGUCAUGUAUAGAAGGUUUUUAGAUGAAAGGAUUUGGAGUUGUUUAUUGGUUAUUUUUUCAUCUCUCAUUGGUUAAGGUCUGUAAAUUUGAAUUAUGUACUGUUGUGCAGACAUAAUGGAAAGGAUGGCAUUUGGUGGGUGUGUAGUUACAAA